GGCGAUGUUUUGGAGAAGGAAGUGAAAGGGGAAGAGUGAAGCUGGGGGUAGAUAGCUCGCUGGCAGACCAGACUUCAAGGCAAGCAAAGUGCCAAAUUUACACAGCAGUUGUAGGUUAUCUGCCUCGUCAAUUUAAGACACGGUUUUUGUAAAUGUUUACGCGAAAGGUAACACAUUUUUCUAAGAAUUUGAGAUAAGGUUUUGCCAAAUUAACGCUAGCUAACGAGUUCAGUGCCAGCAAGCUAGCUAACGCAACGUCUAGCUAGCUAGUUAGCCCCUGACGCUAACUGUCCUAAACAACAACAGCUAGUUAGCUCGCAUCCUGGUCGGUUCCCGACAAGAAGUCGCCACUCCGGUGUGCUACAAGUUGAAACUGUCAAAAAAAUGACAUCCAGGAAGAAAGUGCUCUUGAAAGUCAUCAUCCUGGGGGAUUCUGGUGUUGGAAAGACCUCCCUAAUGAACCAGUAUGUGAACAAGAAGUUUAGUAACCAGUACAAAGCCACAAUAGGAGCAGACUUCCUGACUAAAGAGGUGAUGGUGGAUGACCGGCUUGUUACAAUGCAGAUCUGGGACACAGCUGGCCAGGAGAGGUUCCAGUCUUUGGGUGUUGCGUUUUACCGUGGAGCAGACUGCUGUGUGCUGGUGUUCGAUGUCACUGCACCCAAUACCUUCAAGACGCUCGACAGCUGGAGGGAUGAGUUCUUGAUCCAGGCCAGCCCUCGAGAUCCUGAGAACUUCCCCUUUGUGGUGCUGGCCAACAAGAUUGACUUGGAGAACAGACAGGUAACCACCAAAAGGGCUCAGGCUUGGUGUCAGAGUAAGAACAACAUCCCCUACUUUGAGACCAGUGCCAAAGAAGCCAUAAAUGUAGAACAGGCAUUCCAGACAAUUGCACGUAACGCCCUCAAACAAGAGACAGAGGUGGAGUUGUAUAAUGAAUUCCCAGAGCCCAUAAAACUGGAUAGGAAUGACAGAGCGAAAGCUUCAGCAGAAAGCUGCAGCUGCUAAGGGACUUGGACCAUCUUCUCUCUUGGCUUUCUGAAACACCCCGUCACCGGUUGCAUCACCUGCACCUCGCUCCCAGGGAAAAUACUUCCCUACUGGUCUUCCUCCUUCAUGCCAUCGGUUCAUUCCAUCGACACAACCCCUCACGCAGUAUGCUGCACACGGAUGUACACACACAAACACAUACACACAAACUUAAAAAAUAAAUACACUAGCGUACACUAGCUGACAAAUCCAGUGCCCAAAGAUCACACGAGAGAAUGACACCCCUUCUGACCUCACAGUCCCUGACUUAAUAGUGAGUGAUCUCCUAUCCCAACAACCCAUUUUUCUGACUCUCACACUGAGGGGGCAAGAUGGAGCUAGUUCAAAGAGUGCAAUUGAGAACUCUAGAUGGACUGGCUGAAUCUCCGGCUAAAUGUGAGAUGAUGUUGGCUAAUGUCAGCAUCCCAACUAUCUUACUCUCCCUUUCUGUUUUCUCUUUGCUUUCUAUCAAAAAAUAAUCGCCCAAUUAUAUAUAUAUAUAUAAAUAAAUAAAUAAUUGGUGUUUUUUCUCAAGCCAAUCUGAAACAUAUUUGUUUUUUUGCACGUUUUUUUUUAUGUUUUUGCCUUUUAAAUAUUAUAGAGGGAUGACUGAUUUUGGGCAACAUCUGCUACCACAUGACUUUUGGUAAGCUACAAAUUAUACCUCCUCACUUGUUUUUCCUGUCAAAUAAAUCCCCUGAGAAUCUGUUGAACACUUUGGUGAUUGUACUGCCUUUUCCCUUCAAGGUUGUGUUAAUUGGUUUAUAACUGCCUAACACUGCAGAAGAAAUGUACCUAAGUAGACAUUAAGUCAAAGCUGAUAAUGCAGUCACAGUGUAAUACAUGGAUUCAUUCCUUGAUAUAUUAAUAUUUGCCUUUUUAUGUAACAUUACUUGUACUGCUACUAUUACUGCUGUAUGUGUUAUGUCCUUUAUCAGACAUCUUUCAACACUAUGGAAUUACAACACGUGUCAACAAUACAGCAUCCACCUGUCUUCUGUCAUGUCUUUGUUAUUGCUGUUCUUUCUAUCUGCUUGUAGCUCAGGUUGGCUAAGUACUUAAUAUUUUUAACUGAUUGUGCAUUACAGUGUAUAGAUGGUAAAGGUAAAUGGCUGAUGAGUUGAACUGAAAUUAAUGUUCUCUCUUUCCAUUUAAAAAAAAUCCAACAUUUUGCCCUGGUAUUUUUGUUUUCUCCUUAUAGAAAAAUCACUGCGAUGCCAAUGAUGUUGUCAAAGAAAUUGGGACGUCAAAUAAAACUCUUGAAUAUA